CAAAAAGGAAACUAGUGUUUUGUUGUCGCCCUGCCAGUGAGGCUCCUCUGGGGGGGUAAUAGUACAGGACAGCAGGGGUUUUUAUUUGUCAGAGGUAAGGACAGCCUCCGAGGGACCCGUGCUCUUAAUGCAAAUAGAAGACCUCUAGAAAAACCAUGACCGGAUCACAUCAACUAAUUGUGCUCCUUUCUGCUCUCUGCUGCUGCCUAGCGAACAAUGUGGAGCUUUUCCGCACUAAGAGAGGGACUCGUUUUUACAGAGGUGAGCCUGACAGGCAGCCAACCAGAAGGACGCUUUUGAUUAUUCAUGUCCAGAAGUCUUCACCUUCCUCUGACACCUCCUUACUUUGCAUGGAUAGUGAGACGUCUGCAGUGCGUAGUUUUGGAGACACUUGGCUGCGAUGGAAAGGACAGCGUGUGGAGUAUUGCCAUUGUACUUUAGGAGGACGAGAGCGUUGUCAUAUUGUGCCAGUGAUCAACUGCUACGUGUCUCAGUGUUACAACGGAGGAACCUGCAAGGAAGCUGUGUACACUUCAGACUACAUCUGCCAGUGUCCCCCUGGCUUCGCUGGGGCUCAGUGUGAGAUCAACACCAAUGAAAAGUGCCUCGUGGGGCAUGGUGACGGGUACCGUGGCACCAAGAGCGUCAGCCAAUCGGGGGCAGAGUGCAUCAACUGGAAUUCGACGUCUCUGAGGGGAAGGAAGUUCACGGCUAGAAAAACAGACGCCAGCAGUCUCGGACUGGGCAAUCACAACUUCUGCAGGAACCCUGAUGGUGACGGCUCUCCCUGGUGUUACAUCUAUAAAGGCAGUCAGAUUGUUUGGGAGUACUGUUCCUUGCCUAAAUGUCCUGAAGAUAAGUACAGAGAAUGUGCGUUGGAAUCUGGCCAGAAAUACAGAGGCACAACAUCGGUCACUAAGAGUGGCUCUCGCUGCCUCCCGUGGGAUUCUCCUGUUGUCAAGCGCAAGAUGUACAAUGCUUGGAGAUCGGACGCAUUGGAGCUGGGGCUUGGCAGCCACAGUUUCUGCAGGAAUCCAGAUGGUGAUGCAGGUCCGUGGUGUCACACCUACAAAAACAUGAUGCUGACCUGGGAGCUGUGCGACGUACCUAAAUGCUCGAGACGUCCUAUGACCACUCUUGACCCGCGUGCUCCCACCAUUGAUAACAAUGCCAGAGGAACAUGUGGCCAGCGUUUAGACAACACCCUAUCUCAACCAUCGUUCCGCAUGUUUGGAGGCAGAGCGAGUGAUAUCACAGAGCAGCCGUGGCAGGCAGCCAUUAAUAUUUACCAGCCCCGUCACAAACGGCACUUUCAUCUAUGCGGAGGAGUCCUCAUUGACUCCUGUUGGGUCCUGUCUGCUGCACACUGCUUCGAAGACAGAAAUGAUGUAAAAAAACUGCAAGUAAUUUUGGGGAGAACAUUUCGGAAACAAAACUCCAGCAGCGAGCAGAUUUUCGAAGUUGAGAAACUCUGGAUGCAUGAGAAAUAUGACCCGGAAACAUAUGACAAUGACAUCGCUAUUUUGAAGCUUAAGACGGACAUUGGCAUCUGUGCUGUAAACUCUCGAGAGGUUCUUCCAGUGUGCCUGCCCGAACGUGGGUUGGUGCUGCCCGACUGGAGUGAGUGUGAGAUCUCGGGCUACGGAAAAGACGCAGAAUUUUCUCAUGAGUAUUCUGAACGUGUUAAGAGAGGCUUUGUUCGCCUGUGGCCCAAAGAACGCUGCGUUCCAGAGGUGCUGUCCGGACGAACAAUUACCUCCAACAUGCUGUGUGCAGGUGACACCCGAGGGCUGGACGAUGCCUGCAAGGGGGACUCUGGCGGCCCGCUCGUGUGCCGAAACAAUGACAGGAUGACUCUGAUGGGUGUGAUCAGCUGGGGCGAUGGGUGUGGACAGAAAGAUAAGCCUGGAGUCUACACCCGUGUCACCAAUUACAUUAACUGGAUCAACAACAAAAUUAAAGGAAAUCCAGUUUAGAUCAAAAGAAGAUGCAAAUGAGAUGUUGGGAGACCAUACCCGUGAACACAGAGGACAGAACAGUGAUGUUUAUCAUUAAGAUGAUAGACAGAGACACCCAGUAGACUUUGAUUCUGUUGAGGACUGGUUUUAGAUCCAAAUGGGGUGAAGCUUUAAGUCAAAAAUGACCAUUUCUACAGAGACACACACACAACAAACCUCAAUCGGGAGUUUUUGGGCUCUCAGGAUUUAUAUUCCUAACUGUCUUCAACGUGAUAGUGAAAGGUAGAAAAGCAACAGAGAACAAAUCUUUACCUUCUUUCUGGGCAGUUUUAAAGCUGAUAUGAUUUUUUUUGUCUUCAUUUUUUAUUUUUUCUGAGCACUGAACUGAGGUUCAGGCAGUUAACCUAUCUAGAUAAAUAGGAAAAAUAUGUAUAUCCCUCUGCUUUUUGUGGUUGGCUUUAUGCUGGCUUAUACAAAGACGUCACACUGGCAGACUUAAGAUCAAAAGCACUUUUAAUCCUCUCUCAAAGCACGCGUUUACUGUGCACAGUACAGUAAAACACAUAGGGAUAUUUAUUCUGCUCCACAGGACAUUUUUAAAGUUCUUUGUCAAGAGGCCUUGUCUUAUAGCUGAGGGAUACAUUGGCUUAAAUAGUUUAAUGCAAAAUGUUCUGCAUUUGCUCACAGGAGGGCCUCAUCCAAACCACAAUCUGCUGGUUCAGAUUCUGCUUUUUUUUUUUUUUUUUGUUUGCAGAUUUUAAUAUUUUAGCUCUCUCUGUUGCAUUGCGCUGUAAAUAACAGAGGAUUUGAACUCUUGGGAGGAGGAAACAGGAGUUACUCCCUCUAUUUAGCAAACCUGUGGCCUUAAGCUUUACUAGAGAGGACAAGUCCUCCAUCAGCUACACCUGGGCUAAAGGUGGAAGAGUCCUCCAACAGCUACACCUGGGCUGAGCCCAUCUUGUAUGUAACAUGUAUAUUUUCCAGUGACUGAUUUUAUAAUGAGUUGGAGGGGGGGGGUUCUGUUCUACAUUAAACUACUUAUUGACUGCAAAACUUAACUAUGUAAGAAACUUGCUUCCUUUUGUGGGAAUCUGAAUUUUAGAAGUUUUGUAUUAAGUUAAUAUUUAUGUUUGUUUUACAUUGUUUUUGUAGAAAUCUAAAUAUGUCACUUAUCCGUGUGUUGUAGCUUGAUAAUUUAUUGUUACUGUCUUUAUAACCAUAUCCAGUGAUACC